GCGAGCUGAGGCGACGGUGCCACGCCCCUCAUGCCGGUAUCUUAAAUGCGCAAAGAAAGGGCGCCGGGGACACCUGGUUGGGCUCUGCAGCUCCCUUCUGGGUUCCGAGGCCCAAGCCCUUGGGAGCAUUUGUGAGUGGAAGGGAGGUCACGCCAUCGUCCGCGGCCCCAGCAGCCCAGUGCCCUCACUGGAUCCUGCGACGCGGCUCCUUUAAGAGCCUCGUGGGUCGCCCGCCGUAGGUCACUCCCCGGCCAUGCGGGCGCUGCGGGCCGGCCUGACCCUGGCGUUGGGCGCGGGGCUGGGUGCGGCCGCCGAGGGCUGGCGGCGGCGGGAGGACUCGCGGGCGGCGCCGCGGCUGCUGGACCGGCUGCCCGUGCUGCCCGUGGCGGCGGCCGCCGAGUUGCCCCCUGUGCCCGGGGGACCGAUGGGCCGCGGCCCGGGCGAGCUGACCAAGUACGGGCUGCCGGGGCUGGCGCAGCUUAAGAGCCGCGAGUCGUACGUGCUGUGCUAUGACCCGCGCACCCGCGGCGCGCUCUGGGUGGUGGAGCAGCUGCGACCCGAGCGUCUCCGCGGCGACGGCGACCGGCGCGAGUGCGACUUCCGCGAGGACGACUCGGUGCACGCGUACCACCGUGCCACCAACGCCGACUACCGCGGCAGUGGCUUCGACCGCGGCCACCUGGCCGCCGCCGCCAACCACCGCUGGAGCCAGAAGGCCAUGGACGACACGUUCUACCUGAGCAACGUCGCGCCCCAGGUGCCCCACCUCAACCAGAAUGCCUGGAACAACCUGGAGAAAUACAGCCGCAGCUUGACCCGCAGCUACCAAAACGUCUAUGUCUGCACAGGGCCACUCUUCCUGCCCAGGACAGAGGCUGAUGGGAAAUCCUACGUAAAGUACCAGGUCAUUGGCAAGAACCACGUGGCAGUGCCCACACACUUCUUCAAGGUGCUGAUCCUGGAGGCAGCAGGUGGGCAAACUGAGCUCCGCUCCUACGUGAUGCCCAACGCACCUGUGGAUGAGGCCAUCCCACUGGAGCGCUUCCUGGUGCCCAUCGAGAGCGUCGAGCGGGCUUCGGGGCUGCUCUUUGUGCCAAACAUCCUGGCGCGGGCAGGCAGCCUCAAGGCCAUCACAGCGGGUAGUAAGUGAGGGUGGAGCCCAGCGAGACUGGGUGUGUGCAGGCCGGGCGUAUUAAAGGUGGUAACUUUUGGAGACAA